AUGGCGACCACAACCACACAUACGAUCGAGCUGGACCCCACCGUCUACGACACGGAACAGAUCCAGCUGAUGGAGGAGCGCCUCAUCUUGCUCGACCAGGACGACCACGCCAUCGGCGAAGGCUCAAAGAAGGACUGUCAGUUCUGGCGCUGGCUUCACUCUCUUGCCCGCACGGGGGCUCGGGGCUCCCCAGACGAGCAACGAGCAACGAGCAACCCCAACUGAUGCUGCUGCUGUUGCUAUUCCAUCUCCCUCUCCCUCCCGCACGCUCGUUUCAUUGGCUCGCUGCUGGCUCGCUCGCUUCUGGGGCUGGGGUCCUCGCCCGCCCUCUCCUUUCUGGUGUCAUGAAUACCCGAACCGAGCGGGGCCUUCCUUCCCGUCCCACACCGCCGACACCCUUUGCUGCCUCCUGUGCCGCCCCCAACAUCGCUCACCAAACCACCGCUCCUCCGAAACUCCGCAUCCGCUCGACUUGCAUGCGCAAUCCGCACAGGCCACUUGAUCCCGCCGCGUGGAGCGUCCGAGGUGCGAUCACCACUGCAUCGCGCCUUCAGCGUCUUCUUGUUCCACCCGACCACGGGCAAACUGCUGCUCCAACGCCGCGCAGCCGAGAAGAUCACCUUUCCGAACAUGUGGACCAACACGUGCUGCUCCCAUCCUUUGACCUCGAACGGUGAGAUGGAAGAAUCUGCUCAGAUCGGUCAGUUUCUUUCGGUCCUGCAACGUAUCCGUCGCUCGGUUCGAGUGCAAAAGCGCUAACGCGAGAAAACGACUUUCACUUUAUUCCUACACACCUCGGUCUCGGUGACUGUUGUGAUUCGGUGACCGACUUGUCUCGAUUCGCUCGAUUGCCGAAACCUUCAACGGUUUUUUGAUGUGUUUCACUGUCUCACCCCAUGUCCGGCCCUCUCGCCCCCCCCCCCCACGCCCCGCCCACGCCCCGCCCACGCCCCGCCCACGCCCCUCCAGGUGUGCGAAAGGCGGCGUCUCGGAAGUUGGUGCACGAACUCGGAAUCCCGACCACGUACAAGCUCGACGAGUUCGCGUACCUCACCCGGAUUCACUACUAUGCCCCCUCGGAUGAGAUCUGGGCCGAACACGAGAGUACGCUUCGGUCUUUGCUUUUCCGGACCGGAUUUUCUUUUUCCGUCACUGACCCUUCCAGGUGCUCUCUCGCCGGGCACAGUCGACUAUAUCCUGUUUUUGGCGUUGGACGCGACGUUUGAAGCGAACCCGAACGAGGUCUCGGAUACGAAAUGGGUCUCGAAAGCGGACCUGCAAGACUUUUUCAAGGAUCCCGGUACGGUUGCCGCGAAGACAGCGUUUCGUUGCAUUGUGCGGACUGACCGGCGCUUGUAUAUCCGCAGAGAGCACCUUCACACCGUGGUUCAAGCUGAUCGCCGAAUCAUUCCUUUACAAGUGGUGGGACGCGCUGCUCGAGUCGAGGAAGUCUCUGAGCGAUCAGCUGGACGCUCGGAACUUGAUCCCGUUGGUGGCGCAACAGCACGAAGAGAUGGCCAACAUUAUUCGGAUGUAA